AUGUCCCAAAAUACAGAGGCGAACCUGUCGCUCCCAAGCACAGGCGCCACAGAUAGCUCAGGCACCCUGCGAGGCUCUGGGUCAAUUCCAGGCCACCUUGCAAGCCGCCGUCAGGGAAGUGCACGUGGACGUGAGCGCCUUCAAGCAGCGCAUAGAGCACAGGAUCGAGGAGCUGUGCAUUUCCAUGGACCCUUGGCCGGAGUGGUUACCCAGCUGCAGGAGGAGAACCUGCAGCUCAGGGCGAAGCUGGAGGCCCUCAGCCGCCUGGUGGAGGGCCUCGCCGGGGUCAAGAUCGACAGAAGUCCCGCGGAAGAGGAAGGAAAGAACGUGGAGGGUGGUAUCGUGAACGGACAUGCGACGAUACAAUCCAAGUUCCAAGACGACCAGCAACUCAACUCUGCGGGAUCUGAGAACAGCCAGUCGAGCGAGUCCACCCCGACGUUUCCUGAACCAUCAGGGUCGAUUGGUGGAUUAAACCACGCUUCUGCUGCUGCUGCUGCUGCAGCUACAGGCAGAGCCCCGGCCCUUCCUCCAUGGAGGGCAAAGAGACAUGCGGAAAUCAACGGCACUGAUGGGAAAAAUGUUGCACUGCCUGCACAGGAGAACGGAAAGCAAGAGAGCUCAGCAGUGGACUCUGAUGCUGCUCCCCAGUCCUACCGACUCCAAACCUCCAUCACCAAACAAACGGCAGAGACGUCUGCCUUAACUUACUCUCCCAACAAGCCUGACCAAGAAGUAUCAGGUCUUCUUACCAAACCUCAUCAGCCGCUCACUUCAAUGACAAGAGCCAGCUCCGACACUCCAGCUGUUCCUCACACUGCUGCCAACACACCUAAAGAACUUCCAGUGAAACCAGCAGAGUCUCCUGCUAAAUGUGAUAACCAACCCCUGCCCCAUCUUCCCGUCACCGCCAUGAUGACAAAACCCGGCCCAGAGACGAUCGCCAAACCUGCACAGUCAGCAGCACCGACUCCAAAAACAGCAGAAGCUCCGCCAUGCGACGAAGGAGGAUUUCCUUUCACAAGAGGUUCAGGGGCAUCUGGAGUAAAGGAGCAGAGGUCCCAGGUCUCCACAGAGCAGUCAGGCUCUGCAUCUCAUCUUCUGCUAACAGCUGUGAGCCGAGGCAGCGCCGAGACUUCAGCUCUGAGCCCUGCGUCUGCACUGAAUCCCUCCAUACCAGAAUCCCCGACCAUGAAGAGAGGCGAAUUUCUUUUCAAACGUGACGUCUCACAACCCAAGUCACAGCUGCCUGUUUCUGCCACCAUGACUACGCUGAACACAGAGUCUACAUCGUCCGCUACAACAGCUCACCAUCUCACCAGCUCAUCAUCACAGGAUCCUGCAGUCAAACCCGGAGAAUAUCCCUUUAAGAGGCUACCAGUUCUCAAGACUCCCAGUCCCAGUCUGAAGAGAAGUGUGAGCUUCCCUCAGCCUGCAGAGAAACUCCUCCCCUCCAAAUCAAUCAUAAAAUCCAGUUUCUCACCAAACUUGGAGAAGAAAGCAAACAAGGCAGGUGUGGAGUUUAACCUGGACGGGAUGAAAGCACAAACGCUUCCACGCGCCAACAGUGCUCAGGCCAAACGCGCUCUCUUUGAGAGGAUGAACUCGGAGCCGACAAAAGCAAAGGACCCCAAGCCCAAGCUGAAGCGCUCUCAGAGUUUUGGAGUGUCCAGCGCCAGCGGGAUUAAACAGAUUCUGUUGGAGUGGUGCCGCUCAAAAACCAUCGGCUACCAGAACAUAGAUAUCCAGAACUUCUCGUCCAGCUGGAGUGACGGCAUGGCUUUCUGCGCCCUGGUUCAUCUUUCUUCCCUCUGGAGUUUGACUACAACGAGCUGAACCCGGCGAACCGAAGACAAAACCUCCAGCAGGCCUUCACCACCGCAGAGCAGCAGGCUGACUGUCUCCGUCUGAUCGAGGUGGAGGACAUGCUGAACAUGGGGGACAAACCCGACCCCAUGUGCGUGUUCACAUACGUCCAGUCGCUCUACAACCACCUGAAGACGUUUGAGUAACUCUGUAUCAGAGUCCAUCACCGAGCCUAUAGAUGUCAUGAAGCACAGUGUGUCACAAGCUCUUUGAAUUAAACUAAUAUGAAACCAAAAACUCAGCAAGCAUACAGAUAGAAACCACUGCUGUUUGAAGCACAUAAACAAUGACGUUAGUGUUUGACAAAUACAACCCUGUCUCCUAAAAAAAGUUUGGACGUUGUGUAAAGUGCAUGAAGACAGAAUGUGAUGAUUUGACACUGAAACUGAACAUUUCAAGUGUUAAAACUGAGAAAUUUAAUAGUUUGGGGGAAGAUUAAAGGCCAAUGUCUAAAGUAGAGUCAGUAGCUUUUACCUAAAAGAAAGGAAUUUAGAAUUUACAAAAGUAACGCUGUUCAAUCAUCACUGAUGGGCCUCCAUACAUGUGUGCUGGUGACUCUGACCUCUGACUGGAUUUUACUGUUUGGUUUGUUUUGGUUGGUUCGGGAUGUUUCUUUUUUUUUAUACUUUUUAUUUGAUAGUUUUGAAGAAAAACAACAUAAACUGUCAGAAUGAGCAUAUAUACAUUUAUAUAUGGUUUGUAUAGAAGAUCUACAUAUAAGUGCAUCAUCUAUACAGGCAUGGAUAAAUAUUUCUGUAUGCUCAUUCUACGACAGAAAAGAAGAGUGAGCAAAAAGGAAGAAAAAUAAAAGAAUCCCGGUUGGUUCGGGAUGUUUCUGGUUGGGGAGACACUGGUGUGUUUCCCCCCAGCUAAUGACAGCGUGCAGGUCAGUUUUGAGGUGGAUUAAAUUCAGCAAUUGAAUGUGAUUUAAAAUGGCCAGAUAUGACGGAUGUGGAUGUAGCAGGGGUGAACGUUGGGUUGGCUUUGGAAGUGGAGUUGGCCUGUUUUCUGUUGGACAGGCAGGUGCUGAACAACAGGGUUUUUGUGUUAGCGUGCGGCAGCUUGCAGUGUAGGUACGAGCAGUGAACGUACACACUACGUCCUGCAGUGUGAUGGAGCCCAGGAGGAGGAGGGACCCAGUUUGAAUGUUGUGUUUACAAGCUACUGACUCCACCUUCAAUUUGAUAGCAUCAACAUGUUUCAAAAAAGUUGGGGCAGGGUCAAGUUUGUCGAUCUGCUGCAUCACCUUUUCAUUUUAACAACAUUUUGGGAACUGAGGAGACGGAUUUCCUGCUCAGUGUUUUCAACAUUUCAUCAGUUCAUGGUCUUCUUUGUCGUAUUUUACACGCCAUAGUGCUCUAAAUGUUUUAACAAGGUGUUAAGUUUAAAACUGUAGGAAGGUCAGUUCAUCACCUGGACUCUUUCACUACGGAGCCAUGCUGUUAUAAAAUGUCCAGAAUGUGGUUUGAGAUGGUCUUGAUUGAGUUGUCUAUUUGCUGCAGUGGUUGCCUAGCAGCAGGGAGGAUCCCCUUCUGACAUGAUCCUCUCUGUGUGGAGUUUGCAUGUUCUCCCAGUGCAUGUGUGUGUGUUCCCUCCGGGUACUCCGGCUUCCUCCCACAGUCCAAACACAGUCCAGGGUGUACCCCCUGGUUCAGCCUUUAAAUGUGCAUACGUCAUGGAUGAUAAGAAGCCUGAUGGUCCCUCUCCUCUUUAGUCCAGUUGACCUUAUUCAUUGUGAGAUAUUCCAUCAGGUGGGUGUUUUUGCAACCUUUCCUUUUGUUGUCACUGUCCCAACUUUUCUUUUUUAUACAUGUUGCUGCCAUCAAAUUCCAAAUGAAUAUAUCAUUUUCCAAAAACAACUGAAUCUGUCAGUUUUGAACCUUUUAAAUGUUGUCAUUGUGCUAUCUUAAAUAAAACAUAUGGCUUUCAGUGUUAUAGUCGGUGUACAUUUCACAAAACGUCCCAACUUUUAAGGAUGUGGGGUCGUAUUUUUUUCUGCCAAAUAAUAGAAAAAGUGAUCCGGUUUUCGACUGUGAGUGUGAAUUCACCAGUGUUCCUCAUUCUCUGAAGCCUCCGUAGCUGCCUGACUUUGAUUCUUACACUACAGUUGAAGAUGUUUUAUGAUGUGUGUGGAUCAGAUUUACAAAAGGAGGUUGUCUUUGUGGAGUUGUGAAAUGAAAACUAGAGAGUGGAAGAUUAGCUCUCCUUUAGAAAAAUAAAAAAGAUAUGAACAGUUUGUAAAACCUGUUGUUGAUCAGUCAGUGUUUGGAAACAUCAGCGAUGUUAAAAAAAACAAAAAGAUUUAUGGAUGCUCCACUAAUAAUAAACUGGAGUCCUGCCUGAGACGAGUAAAAUAAAGCACUUUUCUUAUAUUUUUGAUUUCCAGUGUGACUGUUUCAGAAAGAAUUAGUGUGGAAAAAGGAGUAUGUGAAAAAAAGUAUGUGAUGUUUAUGCUGUAUAUCAAUCAAUCAAUCAAUCAAUCAUUAUCUUAUUUGUAUAGCAUCAAUUCAUAACAAGUGUUAACUGAGACGCUUUACAAAAGAGCAUAUCUGAUAAGAUGCAGGAAGGAUUCCUCGUGUUCCUGUUGUCCACACUUCCUGUCGCUGAGGUGGAGGUCGGAACAGGCCAGGCAUGAAUGAGGACGGCGAUGGUUUUGGGGACGACACGGUCCGAUGGUAGAGGCUGGGCGUCAGGGACGUCGAAUGCCAGUAGUAUAAAUAUAUACAAUUCAACUUUCUACAUUAUGUAUAAAGUUGUCAUUUUCUAUAGGUCAAAUUCAGGAGAUCAAACUUUAAUGAAACUGAUUAUAUUAAGUAUGAAUUACACAUAUUUUAGAUACUACACUUAGCCUAUAUUAAAUUAAAAACUGUUAAUAUGAAUUAAAAAUAGUAUUAUUGAUAAUAAGCAUGCAAUUAUUAUGCAGCACAGGCACU